AGCCCUGCAGUGGUCCAACCGUGCGCUAUGGUCGCUGUGGGUUGACAAUGUGGAGCUCCCUGUGUUAAUGUCUCCAAGCCAGCUUCACAAGGAAUGGACCAGAAGGACUGCAAACCUUACCAGCCGCUGCCCAAAGUCAGGUGCGAGAUGGAACUGGCUUACACCAGCUCCUCAGAUGAGAGUGAAGAUGAUAGAAGCCCGGGCAAAUCCUACAACUCCAGGGAAACCCUCCACGAGUACAGCAAAGAACUGAGAAUGAGCUACAACAGCCAAAAGAAGGACAUGGUGGCCAGGCAGACGAUGGAAGAAGCCGCACAAGAGUUAGAAUUCUGCGAGGCUCCGUCGGUCUUGUGCAGUGGGUACCAGACAGACGUGUGCGCUCCCCCACAGCAUGGGUUCCCUAUGAUCAUGGGGUCUGACAUCGACACCGAGACAGAAGGAGCUGGCUCCCCAGAGCACAAUCUGAGACUGUGGAUGAGGGUAAUCAAAUCCGAGCACAGCUCCUGCCUGUCGAGCCGGGCAAACUCAAUGCUUUCGCUGACCGACACCGAACAGGAGAGGAAGUCCGACGCAGAGAACGAACUGCCGCAGAGACCUCCCGGCAAGUUCACGUUCAGACCAUUGCCACCCCCUCCCCCGCCUCCUCACGGCUGCACGUGUCGGAGCCAGCAAACCCAGUCUUUGGACUCUCUACAGAGAAACGCAAUGACCGUACGGAGCCAGCCAAGCCCGGCUGCCACUGAGCCGCCCGCCAGCACCCAGCAAGACUCGGCACAGCUCCACAACAGUUGGGUGCUUAACAGUAAUAUUCCACUCGAGACCAGGCAUUUCCUGUUUAAGCCAGGAACUGGCACCUCCAGCCUCUAUGGUACCACUAAUCCAAGCUAUCCUUUAACCUCCAAUACUGUUUAUUCUCCGCCUCCAAGACCCCUCCCCAGAAGCACCUUUUCCAGACCUGCCUUCACAUUCAACAAACCUUACAAGUGCUGUAACUGGAAAUGCACAGCUCUGAGUGCCACCGCCAUCACUAUAACUCUGGCUCUUCUCCUCGCCUAUGUUAUUGCAGUGCACUUGUUUGGCCUGACCUGGCAACUGUACGAGAAUGGUGGAAACAAGUCGGUGGCUGGGUCUGAAACACUGGACACCACGUCAUCUCCCUUGGGCGGAAACAGUUCAGACAGAGGAGACAAGAAAGACAGAGGAGGAUCUGGAGGGAAAACUCUGAAUGUCUUUCACCGGGGGAUGGCGAUAGAUACUGGAGAAGUGGAUGUGGGAUCGCACAUGAUGCAGACAAUCCCCCCAGGCUUGUUCUGGCGGUUUCAAAUCACCACAGAGCAACCCGUCUACCUAAAGUUCAACGUGUCACUGGCAAAAGACGCCUUAUUAGGGAUCUACGGCCGACGAAACCUUCCCCCCACACACACACAGUUUGAUUUUGUGAAACUCCUGAACGGCAAACAGCUGAUCAAACCAGAGCCCAAAACCCCAGCGGAUUCGAAACACACGCCGAGGAACCUAAUCCUAAUCGCCCUCCAGGAGACGGGAUUCAUUGAAUAUAUGGAUCCGGGAACUUGGUACUUUGCCUUCUACAAUGAUGGGAAGAAGAUGGAACAGGUCUUUGUCCUAACUUCUGUAAUAGAAACCAUGGAUGAUUGUUCCACCAACUGCAAUGGAAAUGGUGAAUGUAUCUCCGGCCACUGUUACUGUUUUCCAGGAUUCCUUGGACCAGACUGCGCGAGAGACUCCUGCCCUGUUCUCUGCAGUGGAAAUGGCCAGUAUGAGAAAGGUCACUGCCUUUGCCACAGUGGGUGGAAGGGACCGGAGUGCGACAUAUCAGAGGAGCAGUGCAUCGAUCCGACUUGCUACAGCCACGGAACAUGCAUUGCGGGAACUUGUAUCUGUAUUCCCGGCUACCAAGGGGACAGCUGUGAAGAAGACGACUGUUUGGAUCCCACCUGCUCGGGACACGGCUUGUGCGUGGACGGGGUGUGUCAUUGCGCUUCAGGCUGGACUGGGGUCAAGUGCGAAGUCUCGGCCAAUGUUUGUCAUGAGCAGUGCUCAGGCCAUGGGACCUUACUGCCGGACACCAGCACCAGCACCUGCACCUGCGACCUCAACUGGACAGGCUACGACUGCUCCACCGAAAUCUGCAAGGUGGAUUGCGGAGACCAUGGCAUCUGCUUAAACGGGCUGUGCCAUUGUGAGGAAGGCUGGACAGGAACAAUGUGUGAUCAGCAAGCGUGUCACCCGCUCUGCACCGAGCACGGCAAGUGUAAGGAUGGAGUUUGCCAGUGCAGCCCUGGCUGGGAGGGAGAGCACUGCACUGUCGCACAAUAUCUGGAUAAUGUCGUAAAAGAGGGAUGCCCAGGCUUGUGCAACGGGAACGGAAGAUGUACUUUGGACCAGAAUGGCUGGCACUGCGUUUGUCAAGUGGGCUGGAGUGGCACGGGAUGUAAUGUCAUCAUGGAAAUGGUGUGUGACGAUAACAGAGACAAUGACGGAGAUGGUCUAACGGAUUGCAUGGACCCAGACUGCUGCAGGCAAACCAUUUGUUACACGGGUCAGCUCUGCCAAGGCUCCCCUGACCCUCUCGACCUGAUCCAGCAAAGCCAAGUGCCCUUCACUCUCCACCCGCCAAGGCUCUUCUACGAUAGAAUCAAGUUCCUGGUCGGAAAAGACAACACUCAUGUGGUUCCGAGUGACGGUCUCUUUGACAGCAGCCGCGCUUGUGUGGUUCGAGGCCAGGCGGUGGCGGUGGAGGGGUCACCGCUGGUGGGCGUCAACAUCAGCUUCCUGAACCACCCGGAUUACGGAUACACCAUCAGCCGACAGGAUGGCAGUUUCGACCUUGUCGCCAUCGGAGGAAUCUCCGUCACCCUGGUGUUCGAGCGGGCUCCCUUCAUCACUGAGCAGCGCACCCUUUGGCUGCCGUGGAACCGUUUUGUGGUGGUGGACAAAGUGGUGCUGACGAGAGUGGAGUCGAACCCUCCUUACUGCGACGUCAGCAGCUUUGCCACUAUCAACCCAGUUGUCCUUCCCUCACCGUUGACCACCUUCGCAGGAUCUUGCCCUCAGAGAGGACCAGCUGUUCCAGAGAUACAAGCAGUGCAGGAAGAGAUCUCCAUCCCAGCCAGCUUCCUGAAACUCAGCUACCUGAGCAGCCGCUCACCUGGCUAUAAAUCGCUGCUGAGGAUCAUCAUGACUCACACCACGGUGCCAACCAACCUCAACAAGGUCCACCUCAUGGUAGCCAUCGAGGGACGUCUCUUCCAGAAAUGGUUCCCAGCAGCACCCAACCUGGCUUACACCUUUGCCUGGAACAAAACCGAUGUGUAUGGCCAGAAGGUCUCUGGCCUGACUGAAGCAGAAGUGUCAGUCGGUUACGAGUAUGAGACGUGUCCGGAUUUGAUCCUGCGGGAGAAGAGGACGGCGGUUCUGCAGGGGUUUGAGAAAGACGCCUCCAAUUUAGGCGGCUGGUCUUUGGACAAACAUCACGUCCUGAACGUACAGAGCGGUAUCCUGCACAAAGGCAACGGAGAGAACCACUUCAUCUCCCAGCAGCCGCCGGUCAUCGCCAGCAUCAUGGGAAAUGGCCGCCAGCGGAGCGUGGCCUGCCCCAACUGCAACAGCCUGGCCCGCGACAACAAGCUCUUCGCACCGGUGGCCGUGGCCUGCGGGCCGGACGGCAGCGUGUACAUCGGGGACUUCAAUUUCGUGCGCCGGAUCUUUCCGUCAGGAAGCACCAUCAAUAUCUUGGAGCUGAGAAACCGAGACAUGCGACACAGCCACAGCCCAGCUCACAAGUAUUAUCUGGCGGUGGAUCCCGUCUCCGGAUUGCUCUACCUGUCUGACACCAGCAGUCGUAAAGUGUAUCGAGUCAAGUCCCUCGUCCAAACCAAAGAUCUCCUCAGGAACGCCGAGCUAGUGGCAGGAACGGGGGAUAAGUGCCUCCCAUUCGAUCAGAGCCACUGCGGGGAUGGAGGGAAGGCAUACGAAGCCUCACUGACCAGCCCCAGGGGCAUCGCCGUGGAUAAGUUCGGGUACAUCUAUUUUGUGGACGGGACCACCAUUCGGAAGAUUGAUCAGAAAGGCGUGAUCUCCACCAUAAUCGGCUCCAACGGUCUGACCUCAACACAACCGCUCAGCUGCGACUCCAUCAUGGACAUCUCUCAGGUGCGUCUUGAAUGGCCGACCGACCUAGCCGUCAACCCCAUGGACAACUCGCUCUACGUGCUCGACAACAACAUUGUGCUGAAGGUGUCGGAGUCCAAGCGAGUGCGGAUUGUGGCCGGGCGUCCGAUCCACUGCCAAGUGCCGGGAAUGGACCACUUUCUGGUCAGCAAAGUGGCCGUCCACUCGACCCUGGAGUCGGCCAGGGCGAUAGCCGUAUCCCACAGUGGGGUCCUGUACAUCGCAGAGACGGACGAGAGGAAGAUCAAUCGCAUCCAGCAGGUCACGACCAACGGAGAAAUCUUCAUCUUCGCCGGGGUGUCAACGGACUGCGAUUGCAAGAUCGACCCCAACUGCGACUGCUUUUCAGGAGACGGUGGGUUUGCCAAAGACGCCAAGCUGAAAGCGCCAACGUCCUUGGCUAUGUCGCCGGACGGCACCUUGUACAUCGCCGACCUUGGUAACAUCCGUAUCCGAGCAGUGACCAGUAACAAGCCCGUUCUGGGCUCCAUGAACCUAUACGAAGUUGGCUCGCCGGUGGAUCAGGAGCUUUAUCUCUUCACCGCCAACGGGACCCACCUUCACACCCUCAACCUGAUCACCGGAGACUACGUGCACAACUUCAGUUACAACGGUGAAGGCGACAUCAACACCAUCACUGGCAACAACGGCAACUCGCUGCACAUUCGCCGGGACGCCAACGGGGCACCUCUGUGGCUUGUCGUGCCUGGCGGGCAGGUGUACUGGCUGACCAUCAGCAACAAUGGGGCGUUGAAGAGGGUGUCCGCACAGGGACACGACCUAGCGAUGAUGACCUACCAUGGCAACACUGGGCUGCUAGCCACAAAGAACAACGAGAACGGAUGGACAACAGUUUACGAGUAUGACAGCGAUGGCCACCUGACCAUUGUGACAUUCCCUACAGGCCAAGUCAGCAACUUCCACAGCCAAAUGGACACCUCGCUGCGAGUGGCAGCCAAUCUGUCCAGCCAAGAGAACUUUGCCAUCACCACCAACUUCUCUGCCACUAAUGUGGCCUACAUGUUCAGCCAAGAUCACAUUCAAAAUACCUACCAGGUGGGUCCCGACGGUUCCUUGCGAGUCACCUUCGCGAGCGGGAUGGAGCUAACCCUACAGACGGAGCCUCACAUCUUGGUCGGUGCCGUGAAUCCCACAGUGGGAAAGUGUAACAUAACACUGCCUGCUGAGCACAGCCCAAACAUAGUGGAGUGGCGGCAGAGGAAGGAACAGGCCAAAGGAAACCUUGCUGUGUUCGGAAGGAGGUUUAGGGCUCACAACAGAAAUCUGCUGUCUAUAGACUUUGACCGACUCACCAGGAUCGGAAAGAUCUACGACGAUCAUCGGAAGUUUACUCUUAAGAUCCAGUACGAUCAAUCAGGGCGGCCCAUCCUUUGGUCACCGAGCAACAAAUUCAGUCAGGUCAACGUCACCUAUUCCUCCAUGGGUCUGGUGACGGGCAUUCGACGGGGGACCUGGGUUGAGAGAAUGGAAUAUGACCAGACUGGCAGGAUUGUGUCCAGAGUUCUGGCGGAUGGCAAGAUCUGGAGCUACACGUACUCGGAGAAGUCUGUGACACUCCUCCUGCACAGCCAACGGCGUUACAUUUUCGACUACGAUCAGACCAACCGCCUGUACUCGGUCACCAUGCCCAGUAUGGUGCGUCACACCAUGCAGACCGUCUGCUCCGUGGGCUACUACAGAAACAUCUACACUCCCCCCGACAGCAGCCCCUCCCUGGUGCAGGACUUCAGCGAGGACGGGCGCCUCCUGCAGACCCUGUGCCUGGGCACCGGGCGGCAGGUGAUCUACAAGUACACCAAGCUGUCCAAGUUCUCUGGGAUUCUCUACGACACGUCCCAGGUCAACUUCACGUACGACGAGAGCGCGGGCGUCAUCAAGACCAUCCAGCUAAUGCACGAGGGCUUCACCUGCACCAUCCGCUUCAGGCAGGCGGGGCCCCUGGUGGCCAGGCAGAUCUUCAGGUUCAGCGAGGAAGGGCUGGUGAACGCCCGCUUCGACUACAGCUACAACAACCUGCGUCUGACCAGCAUGCAGGCCAUGAUCAACGAGACGCCGCUGCCCAUCGACCUGUACCGGCACGACGACGUCUCGGGCCGGACAGAGCAGUUCGGCAAGUUCAGCGUCAUCUACUACGACCUGAACCAGAUCAUCACCACCUCGGUCAUGACACACACCAAACGCUUCAACGCCAACGGGCAGGUGAGGGAGGUCCAGUUCGAGAUCCUCAGGUCCAUCACCUACUGGAUGACCGUCCAGUACGACAACAUGGGGCGCAUGGCCAUGUGUGAGAUCCGAGUGGGGACGGACACCAAUCUGACCAAGUACUCAUACGAGUACGACCCCGACGGGCAGCUCCACACCGUGUCGGUCAACGACAAGCCCCGGUGGCGUUACAGCUACGACCUCAACGGCAACAUCAACCUGCUGAGCUACGGCAACGGCGCCCGGCUGACCCCGCUCAGGUACGACCUGCGAGACCGCAUCACCAGGUUCGGGGAGGUGCAGUACAGGAUGGACGAGGGCGGCUUCCUGCGGCAGAGAGGGGGCGCCGUCUUCGACUACAACUCCAACGCCCUGCUGGCCCGGGCGUACAGCAAGGAUACGGGCUGGAGCGUGCUGUACCGCUACGACGGCUUGGGGAGGCGAGUGGCCCGGAGGAGCAGCGGGGGUCAGCACCUCCAAUUCUUCUACGCGGAUCUGGUCAACCCCACCAGGGUCACCCACAUGUACAACCACAGCAGCACCGAGAUCACCUCGCUCUACUAUGACCUCCAAGGCCACCUGAUUGCCAUGGAGGUCAGCAGCGGGGAGGAGUUUUACAUCACCUGCGACAACAUGGGCACCCCCUUGGCCGUGUUCAGCAGCUCCGGCCAGCUGGUCAAGCAGGUCCAGUACACGCCCUACGGGGAUAUUUCCUACGACUCCAACCCCGAUUUCCAAGUCAUCAUCGGGUUUCACGGAGGCCUCUACGACCCCCUGACCAACUUGGUGCACUUGGGACGCAGGGAUUACGACGUGCUGGCCGGCCGCUGGACCACCCCGAACCACAAUCUGUGGCGAGACUUGAACAGCAACCUCUUCCCUUUCAAUCUGUACUCGUUCAAAAACAACAACCCCGUCAGCACCAUCCAAGACAUCAGCCAGUUCACCACAGAUAUUGGCAGCUGGCUACAGCUCUUUGGUUUUCAGCUCCACAACGUGGUGCCAGGGUUUCCCAAACCUGAAAUGCACACCAUGGAACCCACUUACGAGCUACUGAAGACUCAAACCAAAACCCAAGACUGGGACCCCAGCAAGGUGGUGCUGGGGGUGCAGUGCGAGCUGCAGCGGCAGCUGAAGAGCUUCAUCUCGCUGGACCGCCUGCCCCAGGCCCACGGGCGGAACCCGCGCGACUGCCGCGACGGCGAGCGGCGGCCGCGCUUCGCCGCCGCGCCCUCGGUCUUCGGCCGGGGCGUCCGGUUCGCCGUGGCGGACGACGGCGCGACGGCGGCCGAGAUCAUCGGGGUGGCCAGCGAGGACAGCCGGCGCCUGGCCGCCAUCCUGCACGGGGCGCGCUACCUGGCCGGCCUGCACUUCACGGUGGACGGGCGCGACACGCACUACUUCGUCAAGUCGGGCCCGCUGGAGGAGGACCUGGCGGUGAUCGGGCAAACGGCGGCGGCGGCCACGACGACGGGCGGGAGCGGCGGGAGCGUGAGCAGCGGCGGCGGCCGCGUGCUGGCCAACGGCGUGAACGUGACCGUGUCGCAGAUGACGUCGGCGGUGGGCGGCAGGACCCGCCGGUUCGCCGACAUCCAGCUACAGCACGGGCCGCUGUGCUUCAACGUGCGCUACGGCUCGACGCUGCCGGAGGAGCGGCGGCACGUGCUGGAGCUGGCCGGCCAGCGGGCGGUGGCCCGGGCCUGGGCCCGCGAGCGGCGGCGGCUGGGCCGGGGCGAGCGGGGCACCCGCGCCUGGACCGAGGCCGAGCGGCGCCAGCUGCUGGCGGGCGGGAGGGUGCCCGGGUACGACGGCCGCGCCGUGCUGCCGCCCGAACAGUUCGCCGAGCUGUCCGACAGCCCCGGCAACGUCCGCUUCGUGAGGCGCGGCGGCGGCAGCGACGAGAGGUAA